AGGCCCCGCCCCUUCCUGCCGGCCGGCGCUCGGCGGUGCCCGCGGGGCCGCUGCCGCCCUGGGCGCCGGGAGCCGCGGGUCCCUCCCCCGGAGCCGCCCAGGCGCCUCCCUCCUUCCCGCCCGCCCUGGGCCGCCGCCGUGACUCACGACGGAGGAGGAGGAGGCGGCAGCUCCGCUCGACUCCCCCGUGCCGCAGGACCGCAGAGCCGUGGCCUGUCCGUGAGCUUCAGUUGGUGUGAGGAAGCAGCUAGCCCAGAAUGAGCCAAACUACGGCGUGUUAAUAGGGCAGUUUCCUUGUUCGUUUUCCCAGCUACAGUCAUUAAUCAGGACUGAACACGUGGAUUGUCUGCUCUGCUGUGGUUUUUAGAAGCAGGCUGCAAGUUUCCAAGCAGAACCAUCUAGAGUAAAUCAGUGUAACGCACAUCUUCCCACUGGGAACAUGUUCAAGUAGGACUGGUGAUAAGAGCUUUCUCCACUUUUUACUCCUGUUCUCUUCAUGUUGAGUAAGGAAAUCCAGGAGCUGGCAGGAGGGGAAUGAACCGUGAGGGCGUCCCCGGAAAGAGUCCGGAGGAGAUGUAUAUUCAGCAGAAAGUGAGAGUCCUACUCAUGCUGAGGAAGAUGGGAUCAAACCUGACUGCCAGCGAAGAGGAGUUCUUGCGCACAUAUGCAGGUGUAGUGAAUAGCCAACUUAGCCAGCUUCCUCAACACUCAAUCGAUCAGGGUGCUGAGGAUGUUGUGAUGGCAUUUUCCAGAUCAGAGACAGAAGACAGAAGGCAGUAACUACAGGAGACCUGAACAACACAAAACUGGAGAGGACAGUGAGAAUCGCGAAGAUAGAGGAGGAUGGCUGAGCGUUAAUAAGUUCCUUUGCCCACCCUAAUUGUUCCUUGGUAUUCCUUCUUCUUUGUAAUUUUGUUUCCCUUUGCUCAACCCUCAGAAUGCAUCUCACAACCAUCUAUUCCUGUAAGUUUUUGCUACUCCGCUGGGCUGUGUUAAUUAAGGACAAACCUAACGGUGUAUUUUUGAUUGGCUCAAAGGGACAGACUGCGAUUGGCUAAAGGAAGAUGAUUUUUCAAACUUGACCAAUGAAAACCUUUUAUCUCGCGUUUUAUUUUAUAUUUUAAAGAAAGUCUCUUGACAUCCUACUUCUAAGGAAGCUUUUCAUGCUGUGGUGCUUAUUUAGGUCCAACUUGUGAAUUUGAAGAGGGUUUGAUUUGUCUGCGUAGAACUGGAAGCGACGUGUGCUUGGUUGGCAGUGCGAAUGCUUUCUCUUCAGUUGGCUUGCAGGUGUUCGCUGACUUCUACAUUUUCAUGGCAGAAAGCUGACGUUUUGGUGCAUUGGUUAUUUCUUUAUACUUGGAGGGAAAAGCCAAAUGUGCUUUGCAAUAUUUAUUACAUCUACGCGCAUCUAAACGCUUGCUUUUGGGGAGUUUCGUUUUGUUUUUAUUUUUUGAUUGGCUUCGAAAUGAUGGGUUUGAUUUCCUGUUGGCUGCAGUGUUUCCAAUGCAAUCAGUUUUUCCAUACUCAUCUGCUCCGUGGCCUCGGGCUCUUUUGGGAGCGUGUGUCAAAAAGCAUAUUGAGUUGAUAAGCCUACCUGUUGGAGCUGGAACACGGAGAUCACCAACCCAUUGUGGGCUGGGCGGUGAGCUCCUGGUGGACUUGGCCGUUCAGGUGCUUCUCUCUUUGUUUCUGACAGAGGAGCUGUAGAUAUUUUGCAGGAAUUGCGAGAAUGAGAUCUAGGGCUGCGACGUGAAUUUGCCAAAUUUCUAUAGAGGAUAUGUGAACUUCUUUAAAGAGACUAAAUAUAGUUCCAUUUUAAUCCUUUAAUUGCUGCACAAGACUAGCUCUCGCAUAAGGAAAAAAUAAUAAUCGUUAACUUAAAUCCAGCUUGCACUGGGCUUUAAUAAAAUUAGUUUCUAGUCACUUGGAAAAUUUUAUGUGGUUUGGCUCCUUGGAACCGUUCCAUGAUACGGAAAUUAUUUGGAUCCUAGUUUAGAUUAAGACUGGAUAUAAGGGAGAAGUUUGUUGCAGUGAGGGUGGUGAAACACUGGCACAAGGGAGGCAGCGGAGGCCCCAUCCCAGGAAACAGUCCGGGUCAGGUUGAACAGAGCUCUGAGCAACCUGAUCUGCUUGGAGAUCUCCUAUUCCUGUAGGGGGGUUGGACUGGCUGACCUGUAAAGGGCUCUUCCAACCCAAAGCUUUCUCUGAUUCCAAUACCGUUUCCUUUAGGCACUGUUCCGAGAGGCAGUAGCGCUGCUUGAAGCUGUCCAACAGUGAGUGUAUGGGUGACGCUCUCAGGUUCACUCCCUUAAGUUGCAGGGCCUGAAAACACACACAUUUACAAACUGAAAACCCUGCGGUGAAAUUCCUGAAGUGCACUGAUGUUCGGGAUUCUGCACAUCAAAUCUCGCACUGCUGCCUGAAACCCGGCACUUCGUUUUCUCUCAUGUGUGCAGGUCGUUUUUACAAUACUUCUGGAUUUUCCUGUGGGUUGCACUGACUUUCAGAUGUUUCACGAUCUAUUAAAGCAGAACUCUGUUCACCUGUUCUUGGUUCCUUUCAUGUGGUUGUUAAUUAUUUGAACUAACAAUUCCAGAAUCUGACUGUGACAUCAUGACCAUUUUCACGGCAAGAAAUGGUGAUGACAGGAUGCUGUUAUGGACUCAGAAUGGGAAAAGAUCUUGGGAGAAGCCAUGGAAUGCAUGCAAAAAGGAAGAAUGAACUUGUGGGCACAAGGAGGGAUGUUAUCUCAAGCAAAUAAAUGCUGUGUAAUGAGAACAACUGUAUAUCUCUUUAUGAAAAAAAUCUGUUUGAUUCAGUUGCAGCUUUGUAAAGUUAAAUGUGUAUUUUACCCCUUUUUCUUGGGGGCCGAGUAAGAAAUUUAUUAAAAUAAACCAGGAAUAAGCCCAAAAUACUCUUUCAAUUUUGACCUGAUCGUCUAACAGGCACUUCAGUUUUAAUUGUUGUGCAAAGCAAAGGAGGGGCAGCCCUUAAAGGAUUAAUUUAAGGGGAUACACGUUUUUCUGGCUGCUGGGCUGGACUGAGUGGGCUGGAUUGUGGUGACCUGUCAUUGUCAAGCGAACGUGCAUCCUCCGUGUGUAUCUACGGCAUUUCUGAGCUGUUGAAUCUUUUCAAGGAGAAAAGUGAAGUGUUUAUGUGGUUUAAUCUUUUCACUAAAAAUGUAACUGUUGGGGAAAUACAGUUUCUAA